AUCAUAUUCUGGUCUGUAUAUGACGUCAGUAGUUGCCAGGAGGAAGUAGGGGAAGCCGCUAGAAGAAGUUGAGGUAGAGGAGUCUGACAUAUUGAAUGGAGCAAAGGCUGGCGCAGUACAGGGCCAGGAAACAGAAAGUCCAACAAGAACCUGGCCAAGGAGGGACUGCAAAAUCCGGGGAACCUGAACCAGCUAGCAGGGGCUACCGACGGGCAGCGAAAGAGAAAAUUCUGAGUCUGUACUCGAGGUGGAGAAAAAGGCAAAAUGUGGAGCCUCCUAAUCCUCAAAUAAACAAUCAGAGGAUGCAGGUCCAGGAAAGAAGUCCAUCAGUCCAUGAAGAUGCAUCGGAUUCUUUACUUACACCCGCUCAGAGCCAACCAUUCUAUGUCAUUUUGCUCUUAAAAUUCCUGCUCUGGCUGGUGCUGUUUGGCCUUUUUGUCGAGCUUGAGUUUGGCCUGGUUUAUUUUGUUCUUUCCAUGUUUUAUUGGCUGUAUGAAGGAACCCGAGGACCACAGCACCGAAAACAAGGAGAAAUGAGUGCCUACUCUGUGUUUAACCCAGGCUGUGAGGCCAUUGAAGGAACCCUGACUGCCGAACAAUUUGAGAGAGAGCUACAGUAUAGGCCACUGGCUGGGAGGUGAUGUCAGGGAGCACAGGGUGAGCUUGGGUGGUUACUUAUUUUUUGACUUACCCCAUUUAUAAAAUUGGAUUUUUAUCCUUCGUUUAAAGAUAUGAAUACACUACAAUGUCCCUCACUGCUCUACUGGUCUUGGAGAUUGCUUUCUCCGGUCUCGUCAGGAUGACCGUGAUGGUCCUGUUAGAAAGAUUCACAGCUCAUGGUAAAGAGUCUGGGUCUCUCAACCUUAUCACCUUACUCUGAAUCUGCCAAACCUUUUACUGAAAGCUAAAGACUAGCAAUGCACCCCAGGGGGAGUGAUAGACCAACCUCCACAGCGUAUAGGAGGAAGGAUGUCGGCAAGAAGGAUCAAGUGUAUCACAAGGAAUCGGCACAACACACAUCGUCACUGAAACAGUGCUUCAAUCAACCCUUUUAACUUCGAAGACAUUUUAAUACCUUGUAAUGACGGUUUAAUUUGGGUGUUAUCAAUCUGAACAACCUGCUGCUUGGAUUUUCCAUUGCAUGUUUUACAAGUUAAAAUAACAGUAAAUGAUUUGGGAAUUGUGUUUCAAAAGUUAUUCUGAGGCGAGGUUCUAGAAGUGGAGCUGUCACCAUGGAAAUCAAUAGCGUUCUUGCUGAUUUUUUUCCCCCCGUUUACAAGUUUUCCCCAGUACUGCUGCUCCUUCCUCCAAUUGAUGAUUCUAUUUAUCUCUCCCUUGUUAGACUCAUAUUAGACCUUAGGAAAUGCUUUGUUUUUUUAAAAAACAAUCACACAAAGGAUGGAGGGAUAUUUAUAAUGAGAAAGGUCAUGGGCAGAGUUCUCGAAAGGGAACAAUUAUUAUAGAAAGCAAUAUAAUUUUCCUGCUGUUUGCUCCAUGCUUAGGUCGUUGUCCCAGAAUGGCUCUUUACGAACAAUUCCCUUAUUUCUUAGUUAUGUUAAUAUUGUGUUUUCUAUGCUGUGCUCCUUGAGGCUGGAAGCAUUCAGUACCCAAAACACGUGCCCAUAAAAUGCAUCUGUUCUGAUACCUUAGAAUUCGGAGAGACCGAUGCCUAAUGUUUAGCAAUAAACACUAAUAAAUACAAACACAUUUUGA